UAUUUGGGACGCGGCCGCUCUGUUGUUCCGGCGGACGGCCUGCUCGGCGCUGCUAAGGCCGCGUUAGCACCGACCCGGUGAUUAGCUCCGGACUCGCGGCUCGCCUUUUCCCCUUUUCCCCCUGAGCAAAAUUACAGACCUGCCCCUCUCCCCCAACCCCCUCUCUCCCCCCUUUCUGUUGCCCCUCAGAGAGUGAGCGAUGGCUCAGGAGACGAAUCAGACGCAGGUUCCGAUGCUUUGCACCACAGGAUGCGGCUUCUACGGAAACCCUCGAAACAAUGGCAUGUGCUCGGUCUGCUAUAAGGAGCACCUUCAGAGGCAGCAGGUGGGGGGCAGGAGCAGCCCCCCAGGGGAGAAAGGUGCUACCUCUCCAUCUGGGUCUUCAGGAGCCCCCGCUGUAAGCGUGGAGACAGACCCUAACCCUGUCUCAGAAACGGUGGCUCCAGUGGAGGACAGCAGCAGCUCGUCCGGUCCAGUCACUCAGCAGAUGACGGCCAUGAGCAUCUCCCAGGACACAGCAGCAACCGACUCGGACCCAGCAGAACCCGAGGAGGAAGAGGAAGAUGAAGCAUCGUCCAAAAGCACGGGUCCAGCCUCAGAGGCAGCACAGGCCUCCUCAGACGGAGAUCAGACUCCAGACAAGAGCAAGAAGAAGAACCGGUGCUUCACCUGCAGGAAAAAAGUUGGACUCACAGGCUUUGACUGUCGCUGUGGUAACCUGUUCUGCGCGAUCCACCGCUACUCGGACAAACACGACUGUCCGUACGACUACAGAGGGGCUGCAGCUGCUCAGAUCCGCAAAGAGAACCCCAUCGUAGUGGCAGAAAAGAUCCAGAAGUUAUGAGGACCGAAUAAAAACACGCACACAGCAGAAACGUGUUUGAUGUGCAGGUUUCGUCCAAACACCGGCGUCACCGAUUUCUAUUCUAUUCUACUCCAUUUCUCCAGCAGUAGAAAGACGCGCUGCACACAUCUGCUCCGAAACCCCACGUCUCCCCUGAUUCUCUCUUAGACUGAUGUAACGUGUGUGUGUGUGUGUGUGUGUGUGUGUGUGUGUGUGUGUGUGUGUGUGUGUGUGUGUGUGUGUGGGUGGGUGGGGUUGAGAGUCAGCGGGAGCACUGGUGGGGCUGGUGGGUGAACCACCAUGGAUAAUUUUUCAGGGUGUUUUUGGAGGUGGGAGGGGGUGGUUUCUUUUUUGGGGGGGAUUUUUGAGGAAGGGGACAGCGGGAGGCAUGUGGGCGAAGUUUUCAUUCUAUUUUAGUCUUACUAUGAUUUAAAAAAAGAAUAAUUCUGAUGCAUCAUCAGGUCUGUGUGUGUGAGAUGAUCGAGUGAUUUAGUGGACGAGCAAUAGAUAGAUUUCUUUUCCUCUUUUUUUCUCCUUCCGUUCCUGUUUUAAUGUGUAUGAAAGUGAUAUCAGAGGAUCUAUAUUAAUAUAUUGUAGUUAGCUCGUUUUUUGAGAUUGCAUCCUAUUUAUUGUUUUUUUUUUUUUCCAGUUUUACUGGAAGCAACCCAGAUUUUCUCUUUCUAUCAUUUUUGAUUAUCUGACACGUAUCUAUUGAGCCACAGACAAGAGACUAUCCAUUGAAUCGAAGCACAAAGUGAACCGCGAUGAUCCAAGCACAAACGGAAAUAAACCGGAGACUUUAGACGCCUUCGGUCCGGAGCAAACGUACUUUCAUUUUUUGACCGUAGAUAUUCCUGACCACCAGCAGACCAGCGAACGCCGGACACAUCGAAUCUCCGUCUGUUUUUCUUUUUCUUUCAAUUAUGCCAACACACCACGCUUUGAUGAUGUCACACCGGAAGUCAGCACCUGUCGUGGUAGACGGACGUACGGUGGUAUCGUACGCAGACGUGGUUUAUACGUUGCAUCUCAAUCCGCAGUAUGAUUCUUAUUUUUCUGAACAUCGUGAUGUGGCGAUAUCGAAGAAAAAACACAAUUUACAAGCAAAUUCUUUUCCUUCCUUCUUGGUUUAUUUUUAUUUUUUUUGGUCAUUCAAAUGUAUAUACAACAUGACUCCUUUAUCCAUCUAGUUAUAAUCCAGCAUCGAGCGUGACGAGGUUGACACGCAGACGAGCGUGAGGUAAUACUUACUAAAGCUACGUGUAUGUUUUCUAAUACGUAUGUAUCCAUUGCUAAUCUGCUUCUCGUACCCAAGCAGAGACAUGAAGGACAAGUGUUGCUGAACUAAAGGGAAUGGAUGCGUGGGCGGGGAUCGGUUGGAGGGAGGGGUUUUACAGUAUUCUCUUUUUUUUUUCCCAUAGUCAUAGAUUUGAGGACUUUUAUUUUAUUUUAUCAAUUUUCUUUUCACUAAUUUAAAGCUAAGAUUCCACUUUAGAAUGUAUGAAGUGUUUAAUUAUUUUAAAAAUAUACAAAUAAAGGCACCAUGAGAAGUUUUAAAAAGA